AUGGCCACCUUCGCCUCCUUUCUCUCAUGUUCUCCUCGCCCUUCCAUACGACGUUGUAGCGGGAUUUCACUUGCUCGGCCUUUCUCUGUUAAUUAUCCCACUAGGUAUUUUAUCAAAUCUCCAAGUUUAAGAACCCUAGUUUUAGCUUCUUCUUCCGUUGGGGAAUUUAAUGCUGGCAAUGGGAAUUCGCGGUCGAAGAAAUCGGUUCUCUCAAAUUUGAUACAUGAGAUUGAGCCUUUGGAUGUGAGCCUUAUUCAGAAAGACGUUCCACCUACAACUAUAGAUGCCAUGAAAAGGACCAUUUCGGGAAUGUUGGGCUUGCUUCCGUCUGACCAAUUUCAGGUGAUGAUUGAUGCGUUAUGGGAACCACUAUCCAAGCUGUUGAUUUCUUCAAUGAUGACCGGGUAUACAUUGCGGAAUGCUGAACAUAGGCUUUGCCUUGAGAAAAAUCUUGAAAUCUAUGAAGGACAUAUUGAUAAACAAAAAACUGAAGAUUCUAAACUUGAAGGUUUGUUGCUCAAUGACGAUGUAGUGAGCAAAAUUUUCAGACAAGACAACUUGCCAUUAUCAGAGACAACUGGUGAAAUUACAUCAAAGAUUCCAGAUCUUGGGGGAAUGUCUCUUGAAGCUCAAGAAUAUAUAUUGAGAUUACAAUCUCAUUUAUCUUCUGUCAGAAAGGAGCUCCGCGAAGUUAAAAGGAAAUCUGCAGCUCUUCAGAUGCAACACUUUGUGGGGGAAGAACAGAAUGACUUGUUAGAUUAUUUAAGAUCUUUGCAACCCGAAAAGGUAGCGGAGCUUUCAGAACCGACAUCUCCUGAGUUGAAGGAUACCAUACAUUCUGUAGUACAUGGUCUCUUGGCCACCCUUUCUCCUAAGAUGCGUUCACAAGCACCUGAUCUCUCUGACGACCCAGCUAUAGGAACCAUAAUAACUGAAACAGAAGAAGACAGCAUCGAUCUUGUUGAAAACACUUCCCUCCAAUUGCAGCCUCUUAUUUGUUUGACACGUGAUUAUCUGGCGCGCCUACUGUUUUGGUGCAUGUUGCUGGGACACUACCUUAGAGGCCUAGAAUAUCGGUUGGAGCUGAUGGCACUUCUGUCCUUACCUUGUGUGGAAGAGAAUGGUAGUACUGAAUGA